UGAAGUUCAAUCUUAAGAUAACGUCCGUGAUCGAUCAUUCUACACCGUUUACCACGACGUGCCAUACUUACCGUAGCUUGGCAUCCGUGAACUCGUUCAUGAUCUCGAAAAUCUAUCGAUGUCGGGUUUUGUGAUGAAUCGUAGUUUUUUUAAUUACCUUGAAAUUCAGAUCGGGUACCUCAAUCAGCUAAGAACAGUUCGCUAGUUGUUUUCAAAAUGUGUUGCUCACCACAUUUCACAAAACGUGGUUACGUGGAGCUAGAAAAGUAAUUUCGGAUGUGUCCCCUUCAGAUACAAUGUUAAGCACCGAUGAAGUAAAUAUGCAUACAUACAUGUGAAGCUACAAGGUUACAAGUUUAAACCAUGGUAUUAAUUCUACGCAUUUUCAUAUGCUUAUUUUUUUUUAUCUUUAAUACGUUUACUUUUUGUAAAAGUAUUGUUAAAACUGAAACUAAUUUUCUGACAACCGUCAAAUUUCCUUCAAGUAUCAAUAAUAAAAAUCCGUCUAUAUUGUGGCAACAAAUCCAAAUUUCAAACCCAACACGUGAUUGGGGCUUCAAAUCAAAUAGUAAUAACAGUGUAACAGUCCAUAAUACAACAGUAUUAAAAAAUGUUUCGAAACGAUUAGCAACUGUUUUGAAUAGAAACUUAACCACGACAAACCUAACCAGCACUAACCCUGCCAAAACAAACCUCACAACCACCGCAAAACUAAAACCCUCGAAAUUCGUUGCUGUUACAACUAAAUUGCCACUCAAUUUUACAAAACAUUCGAAAUCUGCACAAAAACACAACUUGAAAUACUCUAACGUAACGAUUUGGCCAAAACACGAUAAACGGCUGAGCGACCCUGUGCAAAAAACGCCCAAUAUCAACACCUUGAAUCACACAAACGAGAUCGUAGUCAUGUCGGACUUCAAAAGUAAAUAUUCAAUCAACAAGUGGAAAGAACAUAGGUUCUACAAGGACGAUUAUAUAAAGUUAAUCAACAAUCAUUGGUUUAAAUUUGAGCCACCCAAUGCUACGUCACACUACAUUCUCGGAUUACUGUACACCGUCAUCAUGGUACUCGGUUGUUUCGGGAACUCACUAGUGAUUUUCAUGUACAUCAAAUGUAAAUCGUUGCAAACGCCAGCCAACGUGUUGAUUAUGAAUUUGGCGGUCAGCGAUUUCAUUAUGCUAGCUAAAACACCAGUUUUCAUCUACAACAGUUAUUACCAGGGCCCUACGCUAGGAAAAUUGGGCUGUCAGAUCUAUGGAUUUUUUGGUGGUUUAACAGGAACUGUAUCCAUCAUGACGUUAGCUGCCAUAUCGUUGGACCGAUAUUAUGUCAUAGUGCACCCUCUUAACGCGGCCGUUAAAACUACCAAACAGCGGGCCAGGGUGUGGAUAGGCCUGAUUUGGAUGUACGGGUUCAUGUUCUCUAUCAUACCGGUAAUGGACCUGGGAUACAACCGAUAUGUACCAGAAGGAUACUUAACUAGUUGUAGCUUUGACUAUCUGACGGACGAUAACCAAGAAAAAGGGUUCAUCCUGGUGUUCUUUACAGCGGCGUGGUGCAUACCGUUCACCACGAUAUCGUACUGUUACGUAAAAAUACUGAGGGCGGUUUGGGUGACUAGUGAAAUGGCUGCUAGCCGGUACGGCCAGGAGGAGGAAAAGAGGAAGACAGAAAUAAGACUUGGGUAUGUGGUGGUAGGAGUUAUCAUGCUGUGGUUCAUAUCGUGGACACCAUAUGCUAUGGUAGCCUUAUUGGGUGUAUUCAAUCAGAAAGAAUACAUCACUCCGCUAAAUUCGAUGAUUCCGGCGCUGUUCUGCAAAGCAGCCAGCUGCAUGGACCCUUGGAUAUAUGCCAUCACACACCCUAGGUUCAAAAAUGAAUUAACGAAGCUGAUGUCGAAGAAGAAGACCAGGAAAUUGGAGCGGGAUUACGGUAUGAAAAAGAGCUGGAGGAAUCAGUCACAUUCCAACAAGUGCGACAUCGGUCUCAGGAACAUUUCGAGCUCCGAAGAUGAAUGUGUGGAAGAGGUAAUCGUUGUAGUCGACCCAGACCACAAGAAGAUGAUACGGCAAGGAUCCACUUCCAGUCACAAGACCGAAGAGACAAAAGCGCUAGAAACAAAAUUCCCACCAACCAGGCAAGAGAGUCUAAAGUACAUGCCGCCCAGCUGGUACAAACUUCCACGAACUACGUCCAAGAGCAGUAUUAUGCUAGACGUCAAAUUUGUUGGAAAUGAUAAUAAUAAAUAAUAACCUUCUUUUCGAGCUUGCCAAUGAGCCCACAAUGAAUUUGAAGAUUUUAAAUGAUAAACGCUGUGAUUAAAAUGCUAGUCUAUGUAUUAUUAUGUAUGAACAUAUAUAUAAUUUGAUCUCACACUUGUGUUUAAGGAGAAUUUAUAAACAUGUAAUUAAGCAUAAUUGUUUCGUUAUGGUCGUAAAUAUUUUAGGUGCUUAUUUUUACACGUUUGUGGUAUAGAAUUAUAAAAUAUUAACGUACACUUUAUCACCACAUGAUGGUUUGUCAUUCUAUAGUAGACCAUGAUAUUUAUCUUAUAUUAAUAAGUUUAUUGAACACGUGGUUAAGCGCAUCGAUAUAAAAUUAUGUACGUUCAAAUAUUACUUGUUUCCAAGCAUGCUGUAUUUUAAAAAAAUACGUUAGAUUU